UCAAUCAGUACUGCAGGUAUAUCAGUGCUCUCCAAGCAAAGCAGACGGCACAGACUGUCAACGUUCUGGAUUUGUCUGAUAUCACUGGUUUUGCCAACUGAAAGCGAUUUUGUUAAGAAAUAUAUUACAUCAAGUCUGCAAGGAUAUAUUCAAAACUUUCCCGCCACGUUCGAGGGAUCCAGAAAGAUGAAGAAAUACACCUGCAUCGAAUGUGGGAGGGGGGCAGAAGAGCUGUACAGAGACUUCGGAGGCGGCAAUUUGAAAAUCUCCCACUGCGACCACUGUGACCAGGUGGUGGAUAAGUAUGUAGAGUUUGACCCUGUCCUGGUGUUACUGGAUGCACUUCUACACAAACCACAGGCUUACAGACACAUCCUACUCAACAGUGGCAUACAGUUCCACUGGAGACUGGCCGUGAUCUGUCUCCUGUGCGAUGCUUACAUCAAGUGGGCUCACCUGUAGUCAGCCGACUCCACUGACACACAACAGCACAUGGGCUUCUACGCUCUGGAGUGGGACUUCUACCUCAUGUUCCUCCUGGCAAUGAUCGAGUUGGCAGUGUUCCUUGGGUGCUGUAUGUUGCUGCUGCAGGUCAGCAGGAUUUUACCAUCUAAUGAAGUGAGGUUUUCUUCCGUGGUUCGUGCUCUGCUACUGUCCAGUUUUGGGAAGUUACUGGUUAUUCCAGCAGUCAUCUGGGGCGAGACCAACAGCACAGUGUACCUGGGGCUCACUAGACUGUUUGUCUUCACAUGUAACUCACUGGCUAUGAGAGUUACCAUGGAUACUAGACAAGACGUCGCAUGCGGCCUGGUUGCUACAAGCCUGCUUGUACAGUACCUCACAUCCCUGUCCAUCCACAAGUUAUUACAUAUUCCAACAUGAUGUUAUGAUGCUGCUGGUUAUAACUGUUAAACUGAUUUAUUUAUUCAGUAGUUGAGUUUGAAUUUCCUAUGAAUAUUGUUUGCCUGGAUGUCUAACCAUCAUCAAUGUAACUGAUAAACUGCUGUGAGGUGUAACACACCAGUUCUGUUUUAUGAAGUACAAUUGCAAGCCGUGUAUGACAGGACUGAAUGGAUCUGUCCACUCACACAGGAAGGACCCUACCCUUAUCGAUAUGUGUGAUGGGUUCUUUAAGAUGUGUCACAGAAAAUGCACAGGACCUCCCGUUUGUAUACAUGUAGAUUACCAAUCUGGACAACAAGUCAAUAAAAACAAAUCUUUCUUCACCAUCUUAAAAUUUUUUAUUCCAUACUUUCCUUCCUUUUUUUAUACAUGUGCCAGCCCUCUCCAUAGGCCUUCACCUCAGAACUGAAAAUGCUUACAGCAUUUGACAAUAAAACAUCUUGAUUGAAAACCAUUCAUGUCUCAGUCAUGUUGCUUGACCACCUGUCCAAGGUGACCACUUUUCUAUUGUCCUUUGGGUGUUCACCUUUAGCAGCUUUGACUGUACUUUCAUUAAUCUACAUGGUAUACUGUUAUGUACAACUAUAUCCAUCUGUUAUGUACAAUUAUAUCCAUCCAUCCAUCCAUCCAUCCAUCCAUCCAUACAUACAUACAUACAUA